AAUUCACAAACACAUAUAUACAAAUAUAUACACAUGUAUAUUAUAAACUAAAUUUAAUAGAGAUACAUGCGUAAAAUUUUAAGUUUGUAGUGGUUUAGUAGUAGUCUGUAGUUGUCCGGUAGGACUGUAGUCAAGAGAGAACAUCGGCGUGGCUCACAUAAAGUACACCUCUGUCCUAUCCGGCCAUUAAAAAAAAUUUAUAAUUUCUUAAUAUUGCAUGAAAUAUUGCAAUAUUGUUGAUUUUAAAAUAAUAUAAUAAUACGUAAUAAUGCAUUUUAUUGUGAAUCGUGAUUUUAUUAAAGUGUGUUUUAUUGUAAAUUGUGACGACAAUGAGCAUUUAAUGAUUAAAUUACACCGAAAUAUAAGAACAAGCAUAUAGUCAGUGGUGUUGAGUGUCAUUAUCAUUAUACAAGUGCCAUUAAAAAAUUCAGAUUAUAUUUUAACACUGAAAUAAUAUCAGUAGUUUAAAAAAAGAAUAUAUUUAUAUGUGAUCAAACGUUUAAUUUUUAUAUAUUUUAACAAACGAUUAUUACUGUGUUAGUUUUGAGUGAGAUUGCUGAACGUUUACGUGGACGAACCAACGCUUUUUUUUCUUUUCGUCUCUUUUUUUUUUUUUAUAAUAUAUGGAGUACACUCAUACUUGCAGUAAAAUGGCCCUCGCUGAUGUUGCAUUUGAAAGCGUUAUUAAUGAGAAAAUAAUGGAACAAAUUGAUAUACCUAUGUUUACUGAAGAUAUGCAUUUAUUGUCUGAUGCAUUUUUCAAUGAAUUUGAAUUUGAGACUUUUCAAUUACCUGAUGUAGCUGAGCCAGUAACGCAAGGACCACCAGGUCCUCCAGGUAUUUUGCGUCAUGAUUGUAUGUGGAAUGGUACAUGUAUUGAUAAAGAUCAUGAUUAUAAUUUUCGAAAUCAUUGUAAAGAAAGAAAUCAAAGAUCUAAUAAAGCAAAUAGCAAUAGAUCUUUAUUGAUAUCAAAUUCAAAAAUUGAAAAAAGAAAAAAUACAACAACUAGUAUUAAUAAACAAACAAUUAAAAAAAUGUUUAACAAUAAGCAAAAUGAGUAUAAUUGUCAAACUUCAGAUGGUGAACUUCCAGAUACACCACCUGAUUCUGAUUCUGAUAAUGAAAUACCAUCAUUUAAACAUGAAAUAAAUAUCAAUGAAAAAUUAUCAGAAUGUAUGAAUGAAUUUGAAGAGCUAUUUUCAGUUAGUGAAGUUACUGGACAAAGUAUUGUUUAUGAAACUGAUAAUAAUAAUAACAAUAACAAUCGUUAUUUUGGUGGUAGAAAAAUGAUGAAUAUUUCAGAACAAGAAAUGAAUAAUGAUAAUGAAACAAGUGAUGAAGAUGAUGAUGAUGAAGAAGAAGAAGAUAGUGAUGAUCAUGAUGAAGAAGAAGAAGAAGAACAAGUCGAGGAGCAAGUAAAAAAUAUAAAAACAUCAACAAAUGAAAAUAUUAAUUCUGCAAUCAUUCAAAAUAAUAAAGAAAUGCAACAAAAUACAUUGAAUGAUCAUUGUUAUUAUACACAAAAUGUAAAUACAAAGAAAUUCGAUAAUUUAGGUGUUUGUACACCAUCUGAUUCAGAGGAAGAAAUUGAUGUUGUUACAUUUGAAAAACCAAGUAAACCUUCUUUGCCAACAUUUCCAAGUAUAGCUGAACAAAAAAGUUUCCAAAUGACUGUUAAUAAUGCAUUAAUAAAACCAGCACCAAGGCCACGUGGUAGACCACCAUUAAACAGUAACAAUAAUAACAACAUCAACAAUAAUAUAAAUAAUAUAAAUAAUAAUAUCAUCAACAUCAAUACUAUCAACAACAUCAAUAGUAUCAACACUAUCAAUAAUAAUAAUAACACCAACAUUAUUAAUAACAACAUCAUCAAUAAUAACAACAACAUCAUCGUCAACAAUUAUAAUAAUAAUAAUAAUGCAAAUUCUCGUAAACGUGUUGUUCAAGAACAAAAACAAAAUAAAAGAGCUAAACAAAGUAAUCCAUAUCAACGUAAACCAAAAGUUGAAAAGAAUAUUCCAAUGAAUAAAUUACCAAUUAUUGAGCCAAUAAUAUAUAAACAAGAACCAAUAUUUAAACAAGAGCCAAUGAAUGAUUAUGAAGGAAAUGAUUUUCAUUCAGAUGAUGAGCCUGAAACAGAUAAAAGAAAUCUUCAUAAUAAUAUGGAACGUCAAAGAAGAAUUGAGCUUAAAGAUUCAUUUGAAUUUUUACGUCGUCUUGUUCCAGAUCUUAUUGAAAUUGAUAAAGCACCAAAAGUUAAAAUAUUAAAUACAGCUGCUAAUUAUUGUGAAAAAUUAACAGUUAGAUAUAAUGAAUUAGAUUAUCAAAAACGUGAAUUGGUAAAAACACAAUUAAGACUUAAAGAAACAGUGAGUAAAUUGAGACGAACUAUGUCGGAAAGAUUUUUAGGUAGAGCUCAUUAGUAGAUUUUUUCUUUUUGUUUUUUUUUUUUAUUUUAAUUGUUUCAUAUAUAUUUUUCUUUUUUUUUAAACUUUAAUUUUUGAUUUACAUGAAAGAACUGAAAAGUCUCAAUAAUUUAAUGCAUUUUUUGAUAUACGUAAUUAUUAUUAAUGAUGUAAUAUUUGUUUAUAUAAUUUUUAAUCUCAAAUACGAGACAACUUUUUACAAUACACGAUAUAAGACUUGAUUUGUGAAGAAAAAAAAAAUAAUAAUGAUGAUAUACAAUUAAUGAACAUAAAAAUUUAUCAUAUUAAAAAGCGAAAAAUGAAAAUCAAUUUUAAUAAAAUUGAUUAAAUAAUUUGUAAUAUUCGGAAAUUGAAAAGAAAAUAAUUCAAAAAUUAAUUUUGAUAAUUUUGUAAAUGAUAAUGAUGAUGAUAUGAUGAUUUUUGUUCAUGGAAUGAAUGUAUAGAUUAUUAUUACACUGAUGAUGCGCUGAAAAAUGUAUUUUUGUUAUACAAAAAUAAUUAGUUUUUAUACUCUAUUCACAUUGAAGGUGAAAUAAGUUUUAAUUAUUUUUUUUUUUUUUAAUUAUUUCUAUUACAGUUAGUAAGAUAGAUGAAUGAUUGAGUUAAGCAUUUAUAAAUAUAAUCCUGGCUUUGAUUGAGUUUAUCAAUAAAGAAAGCACAAUUUUUUUUUCCUUUUUUUUUUAUAAUAUUACAAUUUUUUAUAACCC